AUGGCAGGUCCCUCGUCCUCGUCUUCUUCCCGACAGCUUGCCCGCACGGCAAUCUGGGGGGAACUGUUUGCGCAUUUCCGAAAACACCCCAUUAACCCACCCCAAUCCCGCCUGGUCCUCCCGGACGCUACACUGUCACGAUCCGGAGCCGAGUGGUAUACAGGCGGUGAGGGGAUAGCAAAGGAGAACUGGGCUUGCGGCCGGAUCGUAUACAAGGCAGGAAUGCCGAGGAAGGUACCAAGGCUAUGA